ACGAAUGGCUUCGAUUUCUGACUAAAUAAACCGAGUAGACGUUACACCGUUCGAAUGACCAUCAUCGAAUCCAUUUCUGUGUUAUUUCUGACUAAAAACAUACAGAUACACGUUUUGUUAGUUGCGUAUUUUUUGCUUUUUAUUUUUUCCCUCAGUUCUCUUCAGCUGUCGAAACCACGACCGAUUUGACCAAUAGGAAAGCGGCUUCGUGUCACGCGCGGCCCUUGUUUUCAUGACCAAUAGGAGACGAGUUUUCCUUAACGCGUCGUCCAAUGGUAGAGCGGGUCCUCUGGCGUUUUAGGGUCGCGUUCCAAUAAACGCGUUACACGUAAAGAGUGAGCUCGAGAUGAGGCUGUUUUGUGCGCUACGUAGGGAGCUUGUUUAGGGAGCGAGCGUGCGAUUGAGACCGAGUUGUCAGUCUAGAACAGGAUAAUAUGACAGCCUCUUCACAAGCGUUUCAGCUGCCUGCAAAGAGCGACGUUUAUCAUUUUGUUCGCUUGUUUUUUUGUUCAAAUUUAAAUCCUAAGAAUAAAAUCAACCGGUUGCUAAAAGAGCUGACGGCAGAUAAUGAAACGUAGCCUGAUCAGAUUCAGUAAAACUUUAGGGGUUUUUUGACAGGAAGUCUGUCACUUUGUUUAUUUUUUAUUUUCUUGCUCAUUUUGUCACUUUUUUUAAACAAACCAGCAGCUGAUUUUUUUUCUAAAUUUUUUUAUUUCCAUUAAAACGUCAAGUGAAGUAUUUUAGCAGAAGUGCAAAAAAAACGGGCUUUUAAUCUGAAGCUAAUUUAUUAUAUAAAUUUUUAGGCGAAAAUUCAGUCCGAGGUUUGUUUUUGUUUUUGACAUUUCAUUUGGAAGAAGAAAAAUUAAAAAAAAAAUCUAUUAAUAAUUUUUUUCACUCGCACUUUAUAUAAUUUGCACCCAUAAUUUUUCAGAGCUUUAUUUUUGUCUGCUUGUGUUUGUUUGUUUUUUUCACCACAGCCCGUACAUUAGCAUCACAGCACGGAUUAGCCACAUUAGCUCGCUGCUGACACGUCAUUUGGGAACCGACACAAGAUUGAAUAUAAAAAUAAAACUACUUUUUCUUGAACGACACGUUUUUGUAUAAAACAUUUACCUCACAGAAUAUAUUUUUCCCCAUGCUGUCACUGAGCUAGCUUUGUUUUUGUUUGGGAUUUUUCUCUAACGGACGCGCGCGAGGACAACAUUUUUCCUCCUGUUUAUUUUUGUUCUAUUUUUGUUUUUCUUUAUUUACACCGUAACUAACGGCAGUGUUAUUGUGGAACAUGGCGGCCAUCGGGAUGGUGCAGAUGUUGAUCGAAGCUGCUGAGUAUCUUGAUCGUAGAGAAAGAGAAGCAGAGCAUGGGUACGCCUCAACGUUACCGUUCACCAGCCACAAAGACAGGGACGGCUCCAAGAGGAAAAAUAAAAGCAAGAAAAAUUGCAGCAGCAGGUCUACGCAUAACGAGAUGGAGAAAAACAGGAGGGCACAUUUACGGCUAUGUUUGGAACGCUUGAAGUCCCUGGUGCCUCUGGGACCAGACUCCAACCGGCACACCACCCUCAGCCUACUAAUGAAGGCCAAGGAUCACAUCAAGCGGUUGGAGGAGAGCGAGAGAAAGGCGCAGCACACACUAGAUCAGCUGCAGCGGGAGCGGAGGCACCUGCGCAGACGGCUGGAGCAGCUGGGAGUGGAGCGCACACGCAUGGACAGCAUGGGCUCCACCUUCUCAUCAGAUAAAUCUGACUCUGACCAAGAGGUGGAUGUGGACGUAGAAGGUACAGACUACCUGCUGGGGGAUCUGGAGUGGAGCACCAGCAGUGUGAGCGACUCAGACGAGCGAGGCAGCCUGAGGAGCAGCUGCAGUGAUGAAGGUUACUCCAGCCACGUCAGCCUGCGCUGCCUCGCCAACACUCAGGAGAAAACUCUAAGUCUAUAAGAGCACACCCACUCCCUCCUGACCUCCACCACCUCUCCCUCCACCCAACUCCAGCUCCGGAACGUGACCACGUGAGCUGCGACCCCACGUACGAAUCCUAAGUUCCAGAGCGAGAGCCCCAUCGCAUUCUCUCAUCUCGCUCCAGACUAAAAAAAAAGCUCGUUCUCCGAGAACGAAGAAACGUAACGCAACCUCAUGUAUCCCGCUCCUCCAAAACCUUCUCACCUUCGCCGUCCGAUCAGCCUCAGAGGACUUCCGUCCGAGUCGUCCGAUCACAUCCUCCCUACCUCGUUUCCGUCCUCUCCUCCUCCUCCUCCUCCUCUGACGAAACACUUGUGUCCUUCUCUGACCAGAGAAUGUUCAUCGCCACACCCACUGUAUACGCCGGCCCUCCUCCACGGUCCAUUUGUCCACCAAUCAGAUCAGGACGUUCCAGACACAGGGCUAGGUCACCUGACCGGUCAGCUGACCUAUCACAGCAUGGAAUUUUGCACUUAUACGCAGCGCAGCCUCUCGGUGUAAGCCGGCCCCCUUAACCGCGGAUCCGAGAGUUUUUUGUCGUCUUUUUUUAACCCCGAGAUCAGCGGCAGAAGGUCGGCUUUUACCAAAGAUCACACAGCAGGAAUGUUUUUUUUUUUCGUUUGUUUGUUUGUUUUUUAUUUUUAUUUCAGAUCACAAAAAAAGCAGCAGCAGUAAGAAAAGGGGUUAAAAAAAAAAAAGGAAAAGAAAGGUGAACCGUGGUCAUUGUGGUCAUCAUCGUGAUUCUCCUCUGCUCCCCAGAGAGAUCGCAGCUACUCUAGUUCCAGUAUCAGGUGUAGUCUUUAAGCUAAUCUUAAACUAAGAGAAUAAACUUCCUGCACCGUUCCAGCAUCCAGACGAUCUCCUCUAACCUCUAUACACAACCCCCACUAAGCCCUGGGGCUGUUACCUAGCAACGGUGAUGUCAUCCUCCUCAACAUCCACUCCUGCUCGAUUCCCACCGAUCCUCACUAGCAUGUCAACGUUAGCGGUUUAGCGCCGUCCGAACGAGGAGCUCGGGAUCAGGGGGUGAGGGGUCGCUAUCAGGAUCCGUAACGUAACGACCGUCGCGCAGGACACAUCGUUUAACGUGUCGCUAAAAAAUAAAAAAAAAAGACUUCGCAAGGACACAUCAAGACGUUUCGGUGCUGCUGACGACUUGGCGCCUUGAUACUUUUACCUUUUUUUUCCUGUUUUUUUGUUUUUUUGUUUUUUUUGAUACACAAACUGUUGACACGAGGAACGUAUCACAUCUCAGUAAGAGAUCUCAGCGGUGGGACUGACCGGUGGGCCACGUGAGAAACUCGGCUCGUUCCAUCUCUUCCUCUCUGCUCACUGACGGUGGCCUGAGUGUGAAUUGUUUUAUUUUUCCCCUCCCCCAGAGGAAACAAGGAAGUAAGCACAUUCCACUAGCGAACAGGAAGUUCUUCUUAUUAUUAUUAUUAUUAUUAUUAUUAUUAUUAUUAUUAUUAUUAAGAUCUCAGAAUUAUAGGAAGGCAAAAAAAGGGCUUUGUUUUUGACCCAACAGGGCUGACCUCCUUUCUCUCUGAGCGAGUGUGUGUGCGUGCGUGUGUGUGUCCUUCUCCGCUGAGACGCUGAAACUGUUUAUCUUUUUAACACGGCAUUUUAUGUAUAUAGUUUAAAGAAAUCUAUCUAAACAUCUUCUACGUAUCACAAAGUAUUUAUUUAAUCCAAAUAUAUGUCACAGAUAAACAUUUAGGUUUUAUAUAUUUAAUAUAUACAUAUAGAAAACAAAGAAAAACCCGACAAAAAAAAAAGAGAGAGAGAGAAGAGUCUAUUUAAAGUCGUCAUUUCUUUAGUGGCUUGAGUUAUAUCCCAGUGGGUUUUCUCCUCUUCCUCCUCUUCCUCCUCCUUUCUCUCGUUCUUAAAGGUGUGGUGUUUAUUUGCACAGAUGAUCUACAGCGUGUACGGAAACGGCCUCCGAGCGCUGUUGUAUUUAGACUAGAUUUGUGUGCAUCCUGAAAUGACCUCGUGCUGUUCUUGACUUGACGUGUUUAAUUCUUUCCUUUUUUUUGUUUCGAGAAGUUUUAUUUAGUCUGGAUAUAUAAAUAUAGAUAUAUACCGAGAAAGAGAAAUAAACGUGCGUUAAAAAUCGAACGGAACGGCGGGAAAAGCGAGCUAAAGGAAAGUAGUUUGUCCGGUGGUGAAGCGGUAGUGACGGUGUUUCAGGGAAAAAAGCAUGUGGUCACGCGAGCGAGCGGCGAGACUCCGAGUCGCCCCGAAUGUAGAUGUAGAGUCUAUUUAUUUUUUAUCAAAGAAGAGACAAAACCGCAAAGAACCUUAGAGACCUGAAAGAAAUGCACCAAAAAAAACUUUAAAAGAUUAAAAUAAAGAAACUUUAAAAAAAAAAAAUCUAUAUAUGUAGGAUUAUAUGUUUACUACGUGGAGUUUUUAACGACUUUAUAAAUCAGCCCCGCCUUUAAAAAAAGAAAUAAUAAACAAACAAAAAAAAAUGUAGCGUGAUCGAGAUGUAGCGACGAGACGUGACGUGAUUGUUCGACCGGGAAGGGGUGUGUGUGUUGGUGUGUGUGUGUGUGUGUGUGUGGGGUCACUGUCUGCAGACAGAGAGGAAGGGAUCUUCAAAGCCGUGUGUGUGGACACGAUUUCGUCUUGUUUUUAUUUGUUAUGAGUAAAAGGUACAAAAUCUGUUUCCUUCUCAGCGUCUAAGAACUGGUGUGAAAACACACACACACACACACACACACACACACACACACACGGUUAAACCUUUCUGAUGACUCCUGUGUCCUUUAUUGUACUUUAUUUGUGACGUGCGUGUGUGUGUGUGUGUGUGUGAGCGUUCCAUCUCUGUGCCCUCCUUCGACAUCAGCGCAGAGAGAGAAAAGAAACUCUAAAACAUUCUGUAAAAGACUUUAAAGGAGAAUAAAGGGUGUGUUUGAGCAGCGCAGGUUUUUUUUACACCCAUCUGUGCAGAUUUGCGAAUCAUAAUCAUCAGCUGAAAUGCACAGGAUUUGCACAAACUCCCUGCGUGGCUCCGGCGCGUCCCGGGGGCUGACACACUCACGGUGUCGCUCGAGAUCAAACCCUCCUCUUUUUUUUUUUUUGUUCUGUUUUUAUUUUCUGUCCAUGUCGAAUCUCCUGUGCCACCUUCAACCCUGCAGCUAAAGUCCAGAGGUGGAGACGGAUGGUGUUUUUACGCCUACAAGAGUCGGGAACUUUUAUUACCAAAACGGCUGAAGCCUUAACGCCAUGCAGACGUACGGACCCCUUAACAAACACACACGGUGUGUACGAUCUGUUCUGGACAGCAAAACCCAUCAGAGUCAUUCCCACUGAUUGUGACCGUGUCUCAGGUGUGUUCUACUAACCAGACACACAAGUUAAAUAAAUAAAGCUACUGCCUCUAGGACAGCUCCACGUGGUUUUGUUUUCUUUCGUGUUCAGACGAAACGGAUCGUUUUUACGCCGUUACUUUGUUCCAAACCACAGAAAACGAAGUUCAGGCUGUCCGGAUGUUGCCUACUCGAAUGUGGUGAAAAACCAACGGAGAAUUAAACCAUCAGCAACACUAUGUACAUGUACUGAGUUUGUUACUAUUUGUUAGUAACAUCUGAAACAAUAAAAAAAAAACAAUCUUGCAUAA